AUGGCUCAUAGUGAUACCACCAGCCGUAAACGCGACCACUCACCACAUCAUGGAUCCACGUCGGGUUCUGUGGACACGCUUUUUCACCAAGAGGAUCCAGCACUCGGCACUGAAGGCACGUUUGGAGAAUCUAAUGCUGACCCUGUGGAUGUUCAAGCUGCCAUUGGAGAAUAUCAGGAACUCAAACGGGAGCUAUCGCGCAUCAGCCGUCAACAUUCAUCGGCACACAGCGAGUCUCAGAUGGAACAAGGCGACGUUGAAGAAUUCAAUCUUGAUGAAUUUCUACAUGGGAUGUCUACACAAGCACAAGAAGCUGGUCACAAGCGAAAACAUCUUGGCUUGAUAUGGAAAGAUCUGACGGUGGAGGGUUUGGGAGCUGAUACAUUCACGAUCCCUACCUUGUGGAGUACGACCAGCGAGUUUUUUCAGCUAUGGAAAAAGUUUGGUGUUGGGAUCAAGAGUCGAAAGACCAUUCUUCGCAACUUGGAUGGUUUUUGUAAGGAGGGCGAGAUGCUGUUGGUUCUCGGGCGCCCCGGUGCAGGAUGUUCAAGCUUGCUAAAGGUGCUUAGUAAUGAACGGGGCUCUUACACAAAGGUGGAGGGUCAAGUGAGCUAUGGUGGACUUGAUCCAGAGACAUUUGCCAAAAAGUACCGUGGGCAAGUUGUGUACAACUCGGAAGAGGAUCAACAUUAUCCCACCUUGACAUUACGUCAAACACUUCAAUUCGCUCUUCGAUGCAAAACGCCUGGAAAACGACUACCAGAAGAGACAAAGAACGACUUUGUGGAAAAGACAAUCUAUCUCCUUGGCAACAUGCUUGGUCUCACCAAACAAAUGCAUACGCUUGUGGGUAAUGCUUUUGUCCGUGGACUUUCGGGUGGAGAAAGGAAACGACUUUCGAUCGCUGAGACCAUGACAACGCUUAGUUCUAUCAUUUGCUAUGAUUGUUCAACACGUGGACUUGAUGCAGCUUCAGCUCUUGACUUUGUUCGAUCCUUGCGAAUCAUGACCGACAUUUUUCACAAAACAACAGUGGCCACUUUGUAUCAAGCAUCAAACAACAUUUACUCGUUAUUUGAUAAGGUGCUUUUGCUUGACAAUGGCUAUUGCAUUUACUUUGGCCCUGCGAAUGAAGCCAAAUCAUACUUUGAGGAACUUGGUUUCUAUUGUCCACCACGCAAAUCAGUGCCUGAUUUCUUGACGGGGUUAUGCAAUCCGCUUGAACGUGAAGUGAAGCCUGGUUUUGAAAUAUCGGUCCCACAACAUGCGCACGAGUUUUCCAAAGUGUACUAUGAAUCCAAGUUACACCAGCGCAUGAUGCAUGAAAUGCAAGCAUAUGAAGCUCAAUUGGAAUCUGAAAAGCCAUCCGAGUUAUUCAUGGAAGCCGUUCGUGAGGAACAUCAAAAGCAUGCAUCCAAGAACAAUCCAUAUACGGCAUCUUUUUAUCAGCAAUGCAAAGCUCUUACGAUUCGACAAUUCCAUCUACUGAUCAAGGAUUAUCCAGCACUGGUUUCUCGCUAUGGCACUAUAUUCAUCCAAGCCUUGGUCACAGCAUCCUGUUUCUUUCAAAUGCCAUUUAGCGGUAUCGGCGCUUUCUCACGGGGUGGUGCCAUUUUCAAUGCACUUAUUUUGAAUGCCUUUAUCUCGCAAUCUGAACUCUUGGUCUUUAUGAUCGGCCGUCCUGUUUUGGAAAAGCAAAAGCAUUAUGCCAUGUUUCGUCCAGCUGCUUUUUACAUUGCCCAAGUCAUACUCGACGUCCCCUUUGCUAUUGCUCAAGUUUUGCUGUUUCAGAUAUGCUCUUACUUCAUGAUGGGCCUCAAUCUUGAUCAUGCUGGCAGAUUCUUUACCUACUUUUUGGACCUAUUCGCGAUCGUUAUGAUGAUGAAUGGCUUCUUUCGUUUUUUUGGCGCAAUGACAUCGAGCUUCUUUAUCGCCACGCAAGUAUCCGGCAAUUUGCUUAUGGUCAUGGUUACAUGCAUUGGCUAUGUCAUCCCCUUCAAUUCCAUGCACGUGUGGUUUUCUUGGAUUUACUGGAUUAAUCCAAUGUCAUAUGCAUACAAGGUGCUACUUAUCAACGAGCUCCAUGGGCAGAUUUAUUCAUGUGAUGGUCCUGGAAAUGCUGUACCCUAUGGGCCUGGUUAUUAUGAUGAUUGGAAACACAAGAGCUGUACUAUGCAAGGCGGCAAACCUGGAGAAGACUUUGUGCGUGGUGAUGACUAUCUUCGAGAGUAUCUUUCUUUCGAGCCGAAUCAGCUGUGGGCACCCAAUCUACUUGUGGUCAUUGGAUACUUUAUACUAUUCACAUUUCUCACUGCAUUGACCAUGGAAGUGUACAGCCCCAACAAAAUGGGUGUGCUGAGAAAGUUGUACCUUCCAGGAAAGGCACCCAAAGCCCGUACGGAUGAACAAGAGAUUGCUAGACGACGUGAGCAAGUUGAAAUGACUGAUGGGAUGCAAGUGACAAGUAGCUCAAGCGUAUUUUCAUGGCAGCAUGUAAAUUACACGGUGCCUUACAAGGGUGGUCAAUUGCAACUCCUCAAUGAUGUAUCAGGCAUUGUUCGACCGGGUCACCUGACAGCGCUCAUGGGAUCUUCUGGUGCUGGGAAAACCACAUUAUUGGAUGUAUUGGCACGUCGAAAGACAAUUGGCAAAGUUGAAGGAAGGAUUUUCUUGAACAAUGAAGCCUUGAUUGAGGAUUUUGAACGCAUCACGGGCUAUUGUGAGCAAUUGGAUAUUCAUCAACCUGCAGUGACGGUGCGAGAAGCCAUGCAAUUUUCAGCCUAUCUUCGACAAGACGCCAAAGUGCCCAAGAAAGAAAAGGAUGACUAUGUCGAGCAAAUCAUCAAGCUAUUGGAAAUGGAGGAUAUUGCAGAUGCACAAAUUGGCAAUGUGGAUGAUGGUGUGGGCAUAUCGGUUGAGGAGCGUAAACGUCUCACGAUUGGCAUGGAAUUGGUAGCCAAACCAAAGUUGCUGUUUUUGGAUGAACCAACAUCAGGCCUUGAUUCACAAAGCUCAUUCAACAUUAUUCGAUUCAUCCGUAAACUUGCUGAUGCAGGCUGGCCCGUUCUUUGUACGAUUCAUCAACCAUCAGCCAUUUUAUUUGAGCACUUUGAUCAUUUACUACUGCUUGUUCGUGGUGGUCGCACUGCCUAUCAUGGCGAGAUUGGCCCUGAUGCACGUAUCAUGAUUGAUUAUUUUGAAUCCAAGGGCGGUCCCAAAUUUUCAUCGGAUGCGAAUCCUGCCGAAUACAUUCUUCAAGUGGUGGGUGCUGGUACGAGCUUCAAGGGCAAAACCCAAGAUUGGGCUACUAUUUGGGAGCACUCGGAUGAAGCUAAAGCACUAAAAGCUGAGCUGGAUGCCAUUUAUGAUGUCUCUGAUCCGCAUCCCAAACGUAAAGCGUAUACGUAUGCCACUGGAUUUUGGACACAGUUUCGGCUUGUGCAUAAACGAAUGGCUUUGGCCUAUUGGAGAUCACCUGAUUACAACCUUGGACGAUGGAUGAGCGUUAUGAUCACAGCCCUAUUCAAUGGAUUCACGUAUUGGAAGCUGACACAGAGCUCGAUCGAUUUACAAAACCGGGUUUUUGCCUUGUUUGGUACCUUUAUCAUGGCCAUGAUCCUGAUCAUUUAUGCACAACCCAAAUUCAUGGUUGAACGAUUGUAUUUUCGACGUGAAUACUCUUCUCGCUUUUAUGGAUGGUUACCUUUUGCUCUUUCUUGUGUCUUGGUGGAGGUUCCUUAUAUCCUUUUCAUGGGCGCUACAUUCAUGGGCGGAUUCUAUUGGACAACAGGACUUGCCAACACACCCGAAGCAUGUGGAUACUUUUAUAUCAUGGCUAGCUGCUUUGUGUGCUGGGCUGUAUCUCUUGGAUUUGUCAUUGCUGCCGUUUCAGAAACACCCAAAAUGGCAUCAUCCCUCAACCCAGUGCUUGUUUCCUUCUUGUUGCUCUUUGCCGGAAUGAUGCAGCCAGCAGAGUCUAUGCCGAAAUUUUGGUCAUCAUGGGUGUAUUGGAUUGAUCCGUUUCAUUAUUACAUCGAGGGGUUGUCAGUGAAUGAGCUUGAGCACGUUACGGUUAUUUGCGAUGAUAGUGACUUUGUGGAAUUUACACCUCCUGCCAACCAGACAUGUGGUCAAUAUCUCGAAGUAUUCUUUUCAUCCGGUGCUACAGGUUAUGUGGAAGACCCUGAUGCUAUUGACCUUUGCCGUUAUUGCAAGUAUACUUCUGGAAUGGAGUAUUUGAAUACCUAUUUUGGAUGGGAUCCUGCCAACAAGUGGAGAGAUUUGGGUCUCAUUAUUUGCUUUUUUGUUUUUAAUCUCAUUGUCUUUGUACUUCUAUGCUAUCUCAAACGUAGGGAACGUCGCUAA